CUAAAACUAUCUUUCUGCCAUCUAGCAGUUCAGGUGUGAGAGUCUGAUAGCAUUACUAGCAGCACCCAGGAGAAAAGGAAAAAAAAGAACAGACAAAAAAGUUUUAACUUGAGGGCAGUGCAGUAAAAGAGGUGGUAGGCUGCUGCAUACAAUAGAAUAAAAUCCAAAAUAAUACAAGUUGUAAAAAUUGAGUUGGUUAAUGGAAUGGAACACGAAGGGAGGUAGAAAUUUCUAAUUAAUUAGAGGAGCAGAUAGAAAGCAGAAAAAAUGGGGAUAAAUGCUGCUAAUGCAACACUGAACAUAAAAAUAUUAAGUAAUCCGUUGAUGUGUUACCCACCACCAGUUUCUGUUAGUUGCAGGUGGAGGAGGAGGAGGAAGAGGAACCCUAGUGCUAGUGGUGGCGUGCGUCUGACCUCCAAGUGCAACUCUUUAGCUACAGAGACAGUCACUACUACAGCUGCUGCUACUUCUACCACUACAACAAGUGUUAAUGUGGAAUCAGCUGAAUUAAAUUCCUCCAAUUCAGUCGGGCGUCGCCUUAUUCUCCUUCGUCAUGCUAAGAGUUCUUGGGAUAACUCUUCACUGCGAGAUCACGAUCGACCUCUGAGCCCAGCCGGAAGAGCUGAUGCUGCCAAUGUCACUCUCAAGCUCCAACAGCUUGAUUGGAUUCCUCAGCUUAUUCUCUCUAGCGAUGCUACACGUACUAGGGAAACACUUGGGCUAAUGCAGCAGCAAGUCCCCAGCUUUUUGGAUGCCCAAGUUUAUUUCAUUUCUAGCUUCUAUUCCAUUGCUGCAAUGGAUGGACAGACUGCUGAGCAUCUUCAGCAAGUUAUCUGCAAAUAUUCUACAGAUGACAUUCAUACUGUCAUGUGCAUGGGACAUAAUAGGGGCUGGGAAGAGGCAGCCUCAGUGUUUACUGGUGCCUCCGUUGAACUGAAGACUUGCAAUGCUGCUUUGCUCAAAGCUACUGGCAAGUCGUGGGAAGAGGCGUUUGCAUUAGCAGGACAUGGUGGGUGGAAGCUUCUGGGAAUUGUCAAACCAUGUUACGGCCUGUAGCCUUUAUCAAACAUUUUGAGUACAUUCACAACAUUAACACUCCUGUACCCUUCUUUCUAAGACAAAAGCGAAGAGCUGUGAUGUUACCAUUUGGCUUAUGGUUUGUGUAAAGAUGAAAAGCAAUGCUUCUUGAUCACGCAGCAUUCUUCAUUUUAUCUGUUUAUGGAGCUAAGAUAUUACAGAAAAAAGACAAGAUCUUUUUUUGUGCCUGA